AUGUCUGUGAUAAGUGAACAUGAGGUGAAAUUAUCAAGUUAUGAUAAAUUAGAAGGAUGUGUAAAAUCGGAAUGUGGAGGUGAGAUUUUGGUUAAAACAUGAUUUUAAGGCGAUUUUUGAAUAGGGCCCAGAAUCCAAAAAGCCUGUGAUCUAUUUAGUUUUCCGAAGGUCCUAUUCAAAAAAAAUUCUGAUUUUUUAGGAUGCAAGGGAAGUCGGAUGUAUUAUUGUUAUGAUUGUCGAACACCGAUGCCUGGAGUAUUUAUGCCAAGUGUAAAAGUGAGUUGGGGCAGAUUUGGGAAAACAUUGGAAUUCUUAAAAAAGAAAAUGUUUGGGUUUCAAAUAAUGUUCUUUCGAAUCUGCCAGAAUCCGCUAAAAACUCAGAUUUUUAAAGGAAAAAGUAUAAUUUUCCAGUCUGAAACAUACAAAGUUCCGUCAAAUAUCAACUCUUCCUCCCAUCCUCCUAAAAUUCUUAUUUUUCAGCUUCCCUGCUUAGUCGAUAUAAUCAAACAUCCAAUGGAAAAGAAUAGCAAAUCAUCAGCUUUGCAUUGCAAAAUUUUGGCGCCAUCUCAAACUAGAGUCAUUUUUUUCCUUUUCCCAAUUUCCUGUCCAAUUCCAAUUUCCUCAUUUUUUCAGGUUUUCGACCACCCAAAUGUUCAUGAUUAUAGAAAAGAUUCGGAAGAUGAUAGGAGGUAUACGGUAGGUAUUUUUAUUUGAAAAAUUUUAUAUUUUCAAGUUGAAACAUUUCAGGCUGUGGUAUUUCCUAGCAAAUCAGCUAUUAGUGUUGAAGAAUUUGUGAAACAACGGGGAGAUAUCCGAAGAAUUGUGGUUUUGGAUUGCACGUGGUUUCAAGUUGGGAAAAUGCAAAAAACACCAGAAAUUGAAGGUAGGUCUUUUAUUUCAGUUAAACAAUUUAAAAAAACGAAUUUUCUAGCAAUCAUUGCACAAGAGAAGUAUCGAAGAAACUUAGAAAAUUUGACCUGAGAUUUCAAAAAAAUGUUUUUCAAACAAUUAAAUAAAACAUUACACAUUUCAGAAUUAUUCUAUGCAUUUGUGUUCUCAAAAUUUUUUUAAUUUCUCGAAAAAAAAUUUAAUUGGGUAAAUUUGAAUUAAAAAAAAAAACAAAUAAAUCUUUUUUAAAGUUUAUCUUAAUCUUCGGAAAGCGGGAAACAAUUUCUCUCCAAUUUUCCUUCAUUUUUUGCAGGCCUCCAACACAUUUGCCUUCAACAAUAUCGCACCGCAUUUUGGCGACCUCAACACAAUGUUCCAGAUACUGGUUUGGCUACAAUCGAGGCAAUUUAUUAUACAUUACGAGAAUAUUAUGAAUUGGGAUUGCGAAAAAAGUAUGCGGGAGAAUUUGACGAUUUAUUAUAUUGGUUUUUUCACACAAAACAUUUGGUCGACGAAAAACAACGAGAAUAUCAGAGAAAAUUGAAGCUGAAAGAUGUUUGA